AUGGUCACGGCCACGGCGGACUUGGACGCAGGGGCAGAGGACAUGGGCCCCGCGGUGGACGACACGACCGCCUUCCCUCCCGAGUACAUCACGGACGACGAGGUCGCGGCAGCCGUAGCAGAGGGCGAGAAGGCCAAGGAGCAGAAGGACAGCCCCGAUACCAUGGCGAGAGAGACGCCCGCUGCGGAUGACCCGCCCGAGGAGGCCCCCGAAGAUGCGCAUGGCCGGCGGCACAGAGGAGGUGGAUCAGGCGCGCCGCUCGACUUGGGCCCCUGGGCAGCCGCAUUUGCCGGCCACCCCUUCGCGCAGCGCAUGCGUGAGUUCCUCGAGAGGGCCAACAACAACAAUAAUAACAACGACGACGACGGCUCAUUUACGCCGCCGGUGGACCUCUUCGAGCAGCCCGACAGGUGGGUGCUGCACCUGGCGCUGCCCGGGGCCAAGAAGGAGGACGUGGGCGUCAACUGGGACGCGGACCGGUCGGUGCUCUCGGUCAGCGGCGUGGUUCACCGUCCCGGCGACGAGGACUUCAUCAGCGGCAUGGUGAGCGGCGAGAGGAGCGUCGGGCUCUUCUCGCGCGAGGUCGGCCUCCCACCUGCUGGUCAGGACAAGGGCGACAGCAAGGAGGAGGUCAAUGCCGAGGGCAUCGUUGCCAAGAUGGAGGACGGCGUGCUUGUGGUCACCGUGCCCAAGGUGGAGCGAGGGUGGACUGAGGUGCGCAAGGUUGAUAUUGCCUAG